AUGAAAACAGGGGUAUCAAAAUGUGAUUCAAAUAAAUUGGUCGAAGAGCAGGCCGCGAACCCAAUGGGCAGGGAAAUCGUUAUAACAUUAAUGUCGAUCACCUCCAACUCCACCCCAGGGCCCAAUGAUCCCAUCGGCUCUGGCUGUGGGGGCGCAGGAUUGGCACUAAAUUCGCAGCAGAAAUCCAUGGAUGCCGAUUAUGAACUUGCGUUAAAUAAGGGUGAAAUCCCAUCGCAACUCGCUGCCAGCUAUUCGACGCCCUUGGGACAUCCAAGAGGGCAUGCUAUUAACAAGCCGCUCAUAGCAGGAAUUUUCUGGUGCCGAUUUCGACAACAAUGA